CACAGUCGCCCGCUGGAAGCUGGUAGCCUGCACAGCCUCAGUUGCCGCCCAUUGCUGAGUUCCGCCGCGGGAGGCGCGGGAGCCGGCCAGGUUGCACCCCCGUGCUGCGCAGCCAUGACGACCGCCAUCUUGGAGCGCCUGAGCACCUUGUCUGUCAGUGGACAGCAGCUACGCCGCCUGCCCAAGAUCCUGGAGGAUGGGCUCCCCAAGAUGCCGUGCACCGUCCCCGAGACGGACGUGCCCCAGCUCUUCCGGGAGCCUUACAUCCAUACCGGCUACCGCCCCACGGGACAUGAAUGGCGCUACUACUUCUUCAGUCUUUUCCAGAAACACAAUGAGGUGGUCAACGUUUGGACCCACUUGCUGGCUGCUCUGGCCGUCCUCCUGCGAUUCUGGGCCUUUGCUGAGGCAGAGGCCUUGCCGUGGGCCUCCACCCACUCGCUCCCCCUUCUCCUUUUUAUUCUGUCCUCUAUCACUUACCUCACCUGCAGCCUGCUGGCCCACCUGCUGCAGUCCAAGUCGGAGCUCUCCCACUACACUUUCUACUUUGUGGACUAUGUCGGUGUGAGUAUUUAUCAGUACGGCAGCGCCUUGGCCCACUUCUUCUACAGCUCUGACCAGGCCUGGUAUGAGCGGUUUUGGCUUUUCUUCUUGCCAGCUGCAGCCUUCUGUGGCUGGUUAUCUUGCGCUGGCUGUUGCUAUGCCAAGUACCGUUACCGGAGGCCUUACCCAGUCAUGAGAAAGAUCUGUCAGGUGGUGCCAGCAGGGCUGGCCUUUGUCCUAGACAUCAGCCCUGUGGCUCACCGUGUCGCCCUGUGCCAUCUGGCUGGCUGCCAGGAGCAGGCAGCCUGGUACCACACUCUCCAGAUCCUCUUUUUCCUGGUCAGCGCCUAUUUCUUCUCCUGUCCGGUUCCUGAGAAGUAUUUCCCGGGUUCCUGUGACAUUGUGGGCCACGGGCAUCAGAUCUUCCAUGCCUUCCUGUCUGUCUGCACGCUUUCCCAGUUGGAGGCCAUUCUCCUGGACUAUCAGGGGCGGCAGGAGAUUUUCCUGCAGCGACAUGGUCCUCUGUCUGUCUAUGCAGCUUGUCUCUCCUUCUUCUUCCUGGCUGCCUGCAGUGCAGCCACUGCCGCCCUCCUGAGGCACAAAGUCAAGGUCAGACUGACCAAGAAGGAUUCUUGAAACUGGCAGGUGAGGUGAGGCGUGGAGGAGAAAACUCAGUGUAAGAAUAGGAGUUGACUUUGUUUUCAAGAGUUGGCUUAAAUUACUACAUGUUUCCAAGGAUCUGCUAUGUCACUGUGGCAUUGGAAAGCCUAACGAAUUCAAGAGUUUUUAUUAUUGUCAUUGAUAAAAGGAGUAUUCCUUUUCUCUGUCAUCAUAGCCUUACAAGGAAGCCUUAGCCAAGGAAAGCAAGGAGCCUUGGCUAGGCUAAGAUUCACAGAACACUGAGUAAAAGAGAACCAUUUUCACACCUGAAGAUUUCACAGAAUUCUGUGGUCUCUAGGAACAAGACCUAGAGCUGAAGGAAUAAACAAAAACUGGACUGGAAAAUAAGUAGGUGGCAGGUCCACACUGUAUUAGAAUGAACAUCUUACUAUGCUGUUAUUUGGUAAUUGACUGAAGUUGACCCAGUGACCUGAUUUCAUUUGGACUUCAGAUUGCCCAGGGUGGAGAAGUCAGAAUCUUCAAAAUGAUUCUGUGAAGCCCUUGGACAACCCAGUUCAUUUGAUUUCUGGUCCCUCCUCUCUCACCUAUUCUUAACACUGACCCGUUCUCAGAAUGACAUCUGCCUGCUUACAGUGCUGUUUGCCCCUGCCUGUACCUUGUGUGGUACUCUAGAGGACUAUGAAGCAGCUAUACUUCCAGAAAAUGCUUGGAUUCACGUGGACAUUCAGGAAGGUUACUCUCCUAAAACCAAUAGAAAUUGUAUCAGAAAAUGCAGUGCCAAGAGCCGGAAGGAGCCCAGCCAAUACAGAUGCUGUUGGUGUCAAGCCGCCCUUGUCUUUCAGACCUGUGGUUGCAGGCUGACUAGAGAUCUGUUAGAGCUGCCAGACAGGCUGGGAGACAUGGAACUUGCUCCACAGAAUCUUCUCCAAAUGUUUGAUGUUCAAAAAAGCUUCUGAUGAAGUGAAUUGGCCCUAUGAGUCCUUCUAUGAACACGAUUGUUUAAGAGGAACCCAAAGUCCAUGCUGCCCCAUGAAAGACCCACAUAGCUACUAGGCUCAGGGUCCCCACUUAGGCAGUUGGGCCUCAACUUAGAGCAGAAACCUCCAAAUAGUCUUGUCCCACGACAAGCGUGCUCACUGUGGGCUGUCCCGUAAGUCUCGUUUGGGUCAGAAGGCACACUGGCACCAAAUGCUCUGGAACAUCACCGGCCAGCAGCUUCUACGGGAGAGGGGUUUGUGACUGCUGUGUUCUGCACACAGCCUGUCUGAGGACUGGCUUCUGCACUAAUCCAGUGAAGGAGGCUGUGUUGACAGAAGGGUCAUGUAAGCCUUCUCAGAGGCUACAUUUCCUAUCAGUAUAAGGUCCCUAUUUACUAAACAGGGAAGUCAUUUUUUUUUCACUCUGAUAUGAUGAAUGCCCUCUAUUACUAGAUACUGUCUUGUCUUAAGAUCUUUUUUUUUCCUUUGAGAGAUGUGUAGAUUUUGUGCCUUAUAAAUGGAAAUGUCUGAACACUUAAUAUGUGACCAUAUGAAAAUUUCAGUUUGGGUUAUGGGAGAAGAAAAAUGAAUUCUUUGUUUUCCAACCAGUAGAUAAACUUCAGAAACCAGAAUUGCUUAUCUGAAACAAGACUUUUUCAAAUUAUAUUCCCCCAACCCUAGAAAAUGAUAACUCAAUGGAAAUUUCCCUAUAAUCUGUAUUAAGAAAGCAUGUGUUGUCAGUUCCCUGGAUGGAUUUCCACGGCGAAUCCUAACAUCCCCAAAUUGCGUGCUACCCAAAUGUCUGACACAAGCUUCUGGUAUCCAGGCCAAAUUCAUGGCACAUAAACUAAGCAAAAUUGAACUGCAUCAAAAUAAGAGAAUGAGAAAGCUGUGCAUGUACAUUGCAAGUUUCAAAGGGGACUAGAAAGUGUUUGAAAUGUUUGUUAUUGUGGAUUCAGCUUAUAUAUUCUUUUAAAAGUUGAAAGGUUAAUAGAAGUCAAGCUCUUGAAUAGAACUGUGGUGGUCCUGAUGGACAGAGAUCACAAAGCCAAAUGCAGGUGAUUGUUUUUUAAGGGGAAAACAGAAAGUAGAGCAGUGAUGCUUGGGUGUAAUGCCCAGGCCAGGGCCGGCUGCAUAGCAUCAGCGAUCUGUGGUACAAUCAGUGCAGGGACUAAACUUUUAGAUAUUGCCAUGAAAGUUUUACUUUACACAAGUAUUGGUCCCAGAAGUGAUUGGAUUUUUUUUUUUUUAAAGAGAUAUUUGAGAAGCAUUGACAUUGGAGACUUUCUCAUUAAAAAUGCCAGUAUCUCAUUAGAAAUACAUAAACAGAAAAUCCAGAUGUCUUAACUACUGAGAUUCUUGAGGGGUUAAAUCCUCCUUUUAACACAGGUUAGUCACAGUGAGGGUGUAGGUAUGUCAACAGAUCUAGUUUAUCUAAAAAGAAUAAGCAAAAAGUAUUUAAUAAAGUAAAUGGUUGUCUUUUCAACCUAGUAAAAUAUAAAUGCCUCUACAAAGAACUAAAGUAUCAAUCAUUUACAUUUUGUGAAUGAAAAUUCUGUGGAGUUGUGUGUGGCCCUCAGGGGAGCAGAGGGGAGACAGCAGGACACAGCAGAGUGGGGACAUAUCUAUCUGCCUUCUUUUCCUCAUGCCCAGUACUUCCUCACUUGUGUUUACUUAACAGUUAAUGUUAAUGCUUUUCAGAUGUCAGGGUUUCAGCCCCAACUCGGCUGAAAGAACCUUACUCAAUAACAAUAUUCUCAGUCCUCUACUGAAAACAGCAGGAACCCAGGCCAUGGAAUGAAGGUCAGUUGUUGCUUGCUUGUUCACAAACUACCUUAACUUAAAGCUUAAGGUUAGGUUCUUCUGUUGCUGCACUGUAGUUUGAAGUAAAUCCUCCAGAUGGCGCUCGUGUUUUACUUUAGAAGAAGGCAUGGCCUCAGUCCACUAAUUGUGUUGGUCCUAGUGUUUCGCUUGAUUGCUUGACAAAGAAAUGGAACUAUUUUCUUUAUAUAAAUCUACUUAUAUGAAUGAUCAUUAAACAGAUUUUGUAUAUGA